AUGGUGCGAAAAGUGAGAUUGUUUCUCAUUAGACAUGGAGAAACCGUGGAUAAUGUCGCCCAGGUAUACGCCGGUAGUAGAGACUCUGCUCUGACCAACCAUGGCUUCCACCAAGCUACGCGUCUAGGUCUUCACUUCGAAGCUCUAGGUCUCCGUUUCACCCACUUUUUUUCCUCCCACCUACAGCGCGCCGCGAAGACAGCGUCCCUUAUACGCCAGGCGCAGCUCACUACCAGCGAUGCCUCCGAUGUGAGUAAGAUACCUGAGGUCACACAAGUCCCUGCUCUUAUGGAGCAAGACUUUGGAUUUUAUGAGGGCAAGAAGUUCUUUGAAAGACAAGAACCUACUCGCACGACUGGUAAAGAUGCGCACCGCCAAUCACAUAAAGAUCAGGCCGGCUUCGUUGACGUUGAGUCGAAAGACUCACUGGCAAAGCGAGCCGACGCGUUCCUGGAUGCACAUCUGCUACCCAUCUUUGAUGACGCGGUUGAGCCUGGAGACUGCGUGGUUGCCAUUGUUUCGCAUGGGAUUAUGCUCUCCACGCUGUGGAAGCGUAUUCUCCUUCGCUUGCCCCCGCAAAGCGUGACUCUGUCCCCUGAGGUAGUAGUCAAAUCGCCCAGGUUCUCGCUUGAGCACCUGGGUGGAUGGUCAAACACCGGCUAUCUUGAUUUGCACAUGUCGAAAGACACGAAGGACUCAGACCCGACUCCAUCUGUCGUAAAACGUUCGGUACUCCGUUCUUCUCAGUCGCAGUCCAUUGAUUGUUCAAAUGAGGAACAAAAGCCCAUCGAUACAAAUGCGAUCGAGAAGCAACCCAAUCAAGCACAGACACCGUCAGGACCAUUGUCAUCUGGCUGGGUGACUCUUGUCCAAGCGAUCGAUGCAAAAGAUCAUCUUGGUGGUCUCAAGCGGACACGAGGCGGCAUCGGGAGCGCCAAACAUGACACUUCGCAAAAGAAACUGGACGGCUUUUUCAAGCGUCGAAAAGCUGAAUGA